AUGGACGUCUCACCAGAAGACAUCGCCGAAGAGAUCCGCAUCGCUCUCCCAGGGACCGAAGAAAUUGUCGUCCAGUAUGUCUCGGGCUACCUGCUCGACCUUGACGACGCUGCCGAGGACGAAGAUGUCCUGCAAGUCACGCGCAACAUCCUUGAGUCCGCCGCGCCCUCGUCCUCGCGGAAGGGUCAGGACGUGCAGCUGGAGAAGGUCAUGUCUGCGCUCGGGCGGAUGCUCGCGGAGCCACUAAGCAAGAGGGAGGAGAAGAAGAGCGUGGGCCAGGGCACACGUCUUGUGAGGCUAGAUAAAGUGAUGGAUAUGAGCAAAGUGGGGGUUAUGAGCAGUACGAUCCAGUUCACGGAGGGUGUAGAUCUGGAGAGUAUAAACAAGGGAAAAGCAUCGCGCGUUGAUGUGAAGAAACUGGAGAAGCAGGAAGCGAAGCUGAAGGCCAAGAUAGAGAAGCGCUCCAAGAGGACGUUGUACGAAGGCUCGAAGUUGCUGGACCAGCACAAGAAGCAGCAAUCGUACGAGGAAAUGUUCAUGAAGAUCAAUCCUCUCGAUGCUGUCAACUCAAAGAACAAGUCCAAGGACAUCCACCUCCCCAACAUCGACGUCAACUUCGGCUCAAAUCGCAUCCUCUCCGGUGCAUCUCUUACGCUUGCCUACGGCCGUCGGUACGGUCUCAUUGGUCGGAACGGUGUCGGCAAGUCCACGCUCCUCCGGCACAUCGCCAUGCGAGAGGUGCCCAUUCCACCACACAUCACCAUCCUCUUCGUCGAGCAAGAGAUUGUCGGCGACGAUACGACCGCGCUUGAUUCCGUGCUGCAGGCGGACGUCUGGCGGGACAUCCUCCUACGCGAGGAGACGGAACUCAACCAGAAACUGCAGGAGCUCGAGGGCGAGGGCGACGACAAGCGAUUUGAGGACGCGAGGGAGGAGGCGCAGACGAGGCUCGCGGAGGUGCAUGCGCGGCUCGCGGAUAUGGAGGCGGAGAGUGGGCCGGCGAGGGCAGCGGCGCUGCUGGCGGGGUUGGGCUUUAGUGAGGCGGAUCAGAGCAGACCGACGAAGGCGUUUAGUGGUGGGUGGAGGAUGCGGUUGGCGUUGGCGAGAGCUCUGUUCGUGAAGCCGGCUUUGUUGCUGCUUGAUGAGCCGUCGAAUCAUAUCGAUCUCAAUGCCCUUGCAUGGCUCGAAGAUUAUCUUCAAACAUGGCCGGGAACCUUGCUCGUCGUCUCUCACGAUCGUGCAUUCCUAGACGCUGUCGCUACUGAUAUCGUCCAUAUGCACUCAGGACGGCUUGACUAUUACAAAGGCAACUUCACACAGUUCUACUCCACCAAGUCCGAGCGCGACCGAAACCUCCGCAAAGAAUACGAGGCCCAGAUGGAUUACCGCAAGCAUCUACAGGCGUUCAUUGACCGGUGGCGAUACAACGCAAACCGAGCAGCACAGGCGCAGUCCAAGAUCAAGAUCCUCGAGAAGCUGCCUGAACUACAUCCACCAGAAGUCGAGGAGACGGAGACGUUCAAGUUCCCUGACGCGGAGAAGAUCUCCCCGCCGGUGCUCCAGCUGAAUGAGGCCUCGUUCGGGUACACGUUGGAUAAGAUCCUCUUGAAGAACAUCAACAUUGAUGUUGGCCUUGACUCUCGGAUUGCAGUCGUGGGUCCGAACGGUGCUGGAAAGUCGACGCUCAUCAAGCUGCUGACGGGAGAACUGAAGCCAUUAUCUGGGCAUGUCAGCCAGAAUGGUCGGUUGAGGAUAGGCUACUUCGCGCAGCACCACGUAGACACCCUGACUGCUACUAUGAACCCUGUGCAGUUCCUCGCAUCCAAGUUUCCGGGCAAAACGGAACAAGAGUAUCGCUCGCAUUUGGGCAAUUUCCAGAUCAGCGGCAUGACUGGACUGCAGUUGAUAGGAACGCUGAGUGGAGGUCAAAAAAGCAGAGUGGCGUUCGCGGUCUUGUCGCUCCAGCGACCACACGUACUGCUCCUUGAUGAGCCUACUAACCACUUGGAUAUUGAGGGUUUGGACGCCUUGAUGCAAGCGUUGACAGCGUGGAACGGCGGCGUCAUCCUGAUAUCGCACGACGAACGCUUCAUCACGACAGUCGCAAAGGAGCUAUGGGUGUGCGCAGAUGCUACGGUGACCAAGUUCAAGGGCGACGUACAAGCGUACAAGAGCCUCAUUGUGAGCAAUAUCAAGGCUCGACCUUGA